AUGAAAAGGCUCCAAAACCAUCGAGUAUGGCCAUCACGCCAAGGGCAUGAGGCUGGUGUGGCAACACCACCUCUCCCUCCCUCUUUCUCAUCAUGGAAGACAACACCACCCCUCCUAAGUGGUGGUGGAGUGAAGUUGUUGAUGCGACAAUCUCUUCAGAUAAUGGCCAUGGUUACAAGGGUGGUUGCUGAAAAGCCAGUGGUUAUAUUCAGUAAAACUUCUUGUUGUAUGUGUCACAGCAUUAAGACUUUGAUUAAUAGCUUUGGGUCAAAUCCUGUGGUUUAUGAGCUAGAUGAACAUCCUAAUGGGCAGCAACUGGAGGAUGAGCUGAAAGCAUUAGGAUGUAAGCCAAGUGUACCAGUUGUGUUUAUAGGCCAACAACUGUUAGGUGGUUCGAAUAUCAUGUCACUCCAUCUCAAGGGGGAACUAACCCAGCUACUGAAAAGGCCUUACAUAAUCUUUCAAUCAAUCAGUAUAAACAAUGAACAACAGUGACUAGAAAGCAUAAUAAUCUGAUAAUUAGUAGCAAGAAUCAUCUACAGGCAGAAUGAAGGAUGAUGAGAGCUUACUGUUACCCACAAGUAUUCUUUGCAUCAGAAAAUAUGAACAAAUGAUAUGUCUUUAAUUGAUAUAAUCUUUCAAAAGAGGCCUAUUUCUUUCUAUGAUUGCAUUCCUCUUCCAAUUCUCUACUGCUUUUUUAACAGUAGAAUUGGCUUUUGCAAUCUCCUCAGCAGAAAACUUGUGCUCUAUAAUUCCUAAAGGUCCAGGUUGGAGUACUUUGACCACAGUCUCCAUCUCAUGCUCAACCUGCCUAUGAUAAUAGAGUUCAAAACCACAUCACACAUCAGCAAUCAAAUUUAAUCAUACAUAACUGUUCUUAUCUGUUUCAUUAAAACUGCAUCCGAUUAGCUUUUGCAUAUUGAAAUGAAAACAAACCCUAAUAAACUACUUUGAAAAACAUAAUAUGAACGUAAUCCCCCAAGCAGUAGAUUGAUCGAUAACCUCCAAAUUAACGUGUGCAAAGUUAUUAACACCUCGCCAAUUUACAGCAAUAAAGAAACGGUAAUUCAAGAAAACAGAAAAUUGAUGGACACAGAGUAAAACAUACACGUUGGAGAGACGAAGUACCUAAAGAAUCUGGAGAACGGAAGCGAGCUUCCCAGUCUGCUAAACGAGAUCGGCAUAUCGGAAUUUAAAAGUGCGGUCCGGAUUAUAAACGAAACCAAAUGAGAAAUUUAAUGAAGAACUGAUAGCUGAGAAGCCAGAACCACCGCCUUAGAUCUUGUGGAUCAAAUGUUGAAACUGAAAAAAGGGGGAAAUGAGAAAUUUAAUGAAGACUUCAACAAUAAUGUUUAGGUUUAAUUCAGCAAAAUCCACAUACGCGAUCCAGAAGAAUUAAUUUCAGAGAUUUUUUGUUGCGUAUAUAUUUUAUGAUAUGUGUGUAUCCGAUGCCUAACAUUAAUGAUUAAACGAAUACAUAUCUUCCUCCGUCUCAACUAACCAACAAUGUGAGAAUAUUUUGAAUUCUAGGGGGUGUUAGUCUAGAAUACCUGAGAUUCAGUGACGAAUCACGAGCAGAUGAGCUUCGGAUCUAGCUGACAAAUCGCUUCCCCAAACUCGCGAUUCCCCGGCUUUGUGAAUUGGCGGCCAUACAAUAAACGUUUUCCGAUCUAGAAAGAGGGUCAGGCGGUGUUUGGAUUACUUUUUGAUCUAAAAAGUUAAAAGAGUAAAUUACACGAAUAGUCCCUAUAGUUUAGAGUAAUUUUCAUAUUUGGUCCCUAAUUUAUUUUUUAACUCGGAAGGUUUCUAUUGCUUGUUUUGAUACGCC